AACCAUGCGUGCAGCGUACUGCGAACUCCCGCGAUCAAGAUCGUCGUCGGCACGGGCGAGCUACAGGAGGAGUUCUUCGUUCACGAAGGCAUCCUCUGCGAGCGCUCCCAGUUUUUCGAGAAAGCGCUAAAUGGCGACCGGGCCGAAUCCGAUGAGCGACUCGUGAACCUUCCAGAGGAUGACCCAGCUACCUUCUCGCUUUACCAGGAGCUGCUGUACACUCACACUCUGCACAUCAAGAAAGAUAAAGAGUUCACUGCGUUAAGCAAACUCUACGUCUUGGCGGAGAAACUGAUGGAUAAGCGCACGAAGACCGUCGUCCUGGACUCUUUCUAUGCGCGUGUGGGUCAACUCUCUAAGACCGGCGAUGUCCAGUCCGCCGCUUUAGAUUGUGUGCGGAUCAUCUAUGGCGGUACCCGAACCUCGAGCAGUAUCCGGGACUUGCUCGUCGCAUUCUACACCGAUUAUGGCGACCGCUCAUUCCUUCCAGAAGAGGUCGAGAACGUGCCAUCGGACUUCCUCUACGACAUCUCGCGCAGCAUGCUCAAGAAGCGGCCUCGUCAGGACCAUGUCAACGCCCGGCUCCAGGAGAAGGAGGAUGAAAAGAGUGAGAUCAUUCGAGUCAAG